AUGUCGUUGGCCAGGGAAAAAUAUCUGAAAAGGAAAAGAGAACUGCUUGGGAACAUAAACAUAAUUGACAAUAACUUAGGAGAAAAGAAGGAACCAACUUUGGAGGAAAGAAAAAGAGAAGGGAAAAAUGAAGAGAAUCCCUAUAAACGUAAGAAUGAGCAAACGUUAAGGGGAGAUAGAGAGCACCGUGCGGAGGAUGAGUGGGGGAGCCAGGGGAGGAGGGGCCCCCCCGAGGGCGGCAGCUCUGGCGGCUACAACCAGAUAAGUCAUAGGAAAAACGAUCGGGGGUACCACGCGGACCGGUUACACAACGCGGACCGAUUGUACAGCGCGGAUCGAUCACACCACGCCGACCGAUCACAUCACACCGACCGAUCACACCUCGGAGAGCCCACGCGACAGGGGAAGAAAGAACCCCCGCUGGGCGCAAACCAAAGCAAACCAAUUCCCACGAGGAAUAAGGAUACCCCCGUCUUCAGCAAAAGCAACACGCCCGAUGACGCGCAGCAGUGGAACAUCCGCCCGGAAAAACUAGGGAGGGACUCCUCCAAUGUGAGUCAAAGCGCACAUAGCUUCCGCUCAGUGAAUGAAAACACGUCAAACAAGGAUGUAGAACUGAUGAAGCAGAGGGAAAAGAAGGGACCUCCCCCCGAGAGUACCACCUCAUACGAGAUGCUAACCAAUUUAAGCAACAUAGAAAUAAACGACAGCGCAGCUUUGCUAAUAUACGCCUGCAAGUUGUUGCUGCAAAUGUGUGGGAAGGAAAAUGAAAAUAAAGUUAAGAUGAACAUGUCCCUCUCGUCGGUUGAAAUGUUAAGAGAGAUAAAAAACAGAAAUAGGAAAAAUGUAAAGUUACUCAAAAUAAACAUCCUAAAUGAGGUACUCACGUAUAUGUCUCUUAACAGAGGAGGAGAGGGGGGUCCAGUUGGUACAAAUGUAGGUGAGCCGAGUCUAGAAAAGCAUAAAGAAAUAAAGCUAGAGGAGGCCUGCAUCGACAUAGAAAACGUGGGCAUAAGCAUCAUAAUAAAAGUUAUCCACAUAAAGAAUGUGAAGAAUUUACUCAUGAAGUGUCUGUUUCAACAGGGUAAGGGCAGCGCACGGGGGGGAGAUGGAAUAGGCGUAGGAAGAGGCAUAAAGAAAAGUGACUGGGGAAAUGUCGAGGAUAAAAAAGGCGCGCGUGUGCAAAUCCCGUAUGGGUAUCGACCCACCGGGGGGACAGACGGCAGCGGGAGUAACACGUACAACUCGCUUCUGCAAGAAAAUGAAAAAAAAAAAAAAAAAAUUCUUAACCAAAGUCAUGCCAUGGAGUAUGAAGCAAAGUAUGGAGAGGGUGCCCAAGGGGGGAACAAAUAUAGCCAAAGUGACGAGGCCAAACAUGCUAACAACAGUAGUGGGAGCAACAAAAUAAACUAUCUGGAAAAUUUACUUAACGAACCAACGGCGAAGGAAAAGAAAAUAAAACAGGAGAAGAUCAACAUCCUAUCGAUAAUCGAAGCCCCGACGGUGAUUGAAGAAAUGAGAAUAAAAAAAUUUCAAAAAAAAGAAGACUCUGUAAAGAUUAUAUGCCCACAUUUGACGAAAAAGGCAUGCCAAAAGCACAACAAAGAAUGCAACAAGGUUCAUUUUAAGAAAAUUAUAUCCGAGCAUACAGAUGUGUCAUUGGGAGACUGCUCCUAUUUAGACACCUGCAGGCAUAUUGAAACGUGCAAAUUCGUUCAUUACGCGGUGGAUAAAGACGACCAGGUAGUAGGCACCCAUCAAGAAUGUGUAAGCGAGAAGAAAGUGCACAUUUUCAGCAUGACGGAUAAUACCUACGGACCGCAGUGGAUACGAUGCGAUUUAAGAAACUUUGACUUGAGUAUCUUCAACCAGUACGUUAGUGUGGUGAUGGCAGACCCUCCGUGGGACAUCCAUAUGGAUUUACCUUACGGGACGAUGACAGAUAAUGAAAUGAAGCUGCUACCUGUGCAGCUGAUACAAGAUGAAGGCAUGAUCUUUUUGUGGGUCACUGGUAGGGCCAUGGAAUUGGCAAGGGAGUGCCUGCAAAUAUGGGGUUACAAAAGGGUGGAAGAAAUUUUAUGGGUCAAAACGAAUCAUUUGCAAAGGAUCAUAAGAACGGGUAGGACUGGCCACUGGCUUAAUCAUUCUAAGGAGCAUUGCCUAGUUGGCAUCAAGGGAAACCCCGUUGUUAACAGAAAUAUCGACUGCAACGUUAUCGUGUCGGAGGUGAGAGAAACUUCUAGGAAGCCCGACGAAAUUUACUCCCUCAUAGAGCGAAUGUGCCCUCAGAAUUUAAAAAUCGAGCUUUUCGGGAGGCCCCACAACAUCAGGAGCAACUGGAUCACCCUGGGGAACCAGCUGAACGGCGUGGUUUUGCACCACCCCCAGAUUAAGGAGAGGUAUAAUAAGAUCGCCGCCAAGUUCAGCAUGCCGCUCUGCGGGGAGUAGCACUCAGGUGGUGCGCGUCAGCACUACAUUUCUGUGGCGUAGCGGCUACGUAGUACCCACGUGGGAAAUGCACAGUAAAGAGGUAAUCCAUCUGGAGGAAGCCCCGUUUCGGUGCCACCGCAAGCUGGCAAACAUUCGGAGCGCGGGAUGGUGUGGUAUACGCCCGGGGAGCAAACUUUGAAGGUGUUAACUGGGGGAUUCCGCAAACCGGUAAGGGGCGAGGCGAACCGUGUAAAAUUCAGCAGCGCUGGCAUGUUGCUUCGCCCCCCGCCGUUAGCCAACAUCUGCGCAGUCGAAGUUGCGUCUGCGUUUGCAGCGGUUUGGCGAGGCCACGUCGGCGCAAGCGCGUAUGUAACUACGCACACCUAUGUGUACAUCGCAUGUGGCGUAGCUUUAUUUUUUUUUUUUUGUGAACCAAAUUUUGUAACCGUCGAGUCCUCUCACAGUUCCACCACUUCAAUGAGCAGCAUUAAAUUUUGUUGUCCCUUUUUUUUUUUUUUUUUUGUAAAGAAAAUUGUCCAUA